AUGGCUGAUCAUAUCGACACUCAGAUUCUCGGCUCUCCGUCUGAUCCUCCAUCAUCACCAUCACCUGGAAAAGAAGCAGAUGGUGGGGAAUUAGAAAAUACCUUGGGUUAUUUUGAAGACACUGUUGCAGUAGAUAGUCCCCUGGCGGAAACCGAGUUGGAGAAUCUUGGUUUUGACAGUGAGCUAGUAGAUGAUGAGUAUGGGGAAGAAGUGGUGCCUGACAGUGAGGAUGAAGGAGUGCGUGGAAGUGUUGUUAAUGGCGUUUUGGGUGGAAGAUUCAAAGGGAAUGUGCUGGAGAUGCAGAGGGGGCAGCUGAGUUCUCCUCGUAAGCGAGCCGAGGAUGUGGUGGCAGAUUCUGAUGACUCUAACCAUGAAAAAAGCAAUGCAGGGAAUGAAGCGUCUUCUAUCAAUUUAAAUCAAUCUCAUCCACCCGAACGUGGUUACAACUUUCCAAGGUCUCAGGAACCUAGGGAGUCGUCUCAAGACAAUGCACUCAACUUUGUGGACAGAUUCUUGUCAUUUAACAAUGUGGACUUGUCUCCGGGAGUCGACAACCGAAAAACUGUGAGGGAGAAAUCGCCUCUUGUCCCAAGUGCAAAGGGAGCUCAAACUUUGGUAAAGAGAAUUACACGUGGAACCCCAAUUGGAAAAACAGGAACCUUUGAAUGGACUGGCAGUGAUCAGCAUGGAGAAGGAGAGAGUGAUUUUUUUUGCAAAAGGGUGGAGGCAUCUGUUGAUUUUGGAGGCUGCAGACAGAGAUCAGUGAAUGGAUAUCAGGAGGCUAGGAAUGUACAAGCAAGUGAAAAUAACAGUGUUAAGGAAUUGGAUAAUCAGUUGGAUGCAAGGUUAACAGGACAGCAGUUGGAAGAUAGUGAUAUAGGAAGGGAUGCAUCCAACAUGUUCGAUAUUGGUUUUGGCACUCAAGUGGCUGCUGAAGCAAUGGAAGCUCUAGCAUGUGGACCUCCAGCUGGCUGCAGUUACAGUGAUGCUUAUGGAGGUCUAGAAAGUACCCUUGAUCAAUCUCUAAGGGGUGUAACUGAGAAAAAAGCUCGUUUAGGACAUUCUUCCUUUCAAAAGAGUGCUUGUUCUGAUGUAGGAGACAUACCAACAAAGUCGACACGAAGAAAGCGUUCUGCUAGAAGAUUUAAUAGAGGAGGUUCUGGUUUAUUUCAGAAGCAGUCAGAAACUAAGGAGCUCGGUCUUGAGUUGGCAGCAACAACAAAAGUGAAAAAAGGGAAGUCCUCUACUGAGAAACAGCUGCAUUGUGGAAAUUAUUCUGAUGCAAAUGGAAGUUCAGGCAGAAAAUCUGAUAAGCCUACCAUGCAAAGAAAUGCAGAGGAAUCUUCAGGAAGGGCCAAACUUAGAGAGUUUGAGAUUGAUAUGUGUUCAUUCAUAUCAGUUGAACAUACCUCACUUGGCAAAGGACAUUCCCAAGGGAAGUGUAUUAAUUUAUCUCCUGUUUCCCAAAGAACCAAGCCAUUAAUGUCAGAGGUUAAGUUGAUAAGUAGUAAGGAUCAAUUCGAUAAUCCAGGAGAAAGGAUAAAUGAUGGUGGUAUAAUUCAGUACAGAAGAAAGAGGAGCCGUAUAGUUGCUGAUACAGUUGAAGUUUUGAGUGAUAGAGAAAAAUGUUCCACUCAAGAGGUUGCUGCCAUUGCCAGUUCUUUAAGAUCAAAUCCAUGGAGAUAUCCUAGACGGAAAAGAACACGUCAUAAUGUACAAAGCCAUUCUAAUGGAUCUAGAAACCUCUAUGCCCCAUUCACUACUGUAUAUGCAAAAGGAAGCAAUGUUCAUUCGACUAAAAGUCAUAAAAUCUCAGAAGACAAUGGCAAAGUGAAGGGGAAAGCAGGGUCAUCAGUAUACAUUACCCCACAUUGGCCUUCUUCAGAAAAUGAUUUUGACAGAAGCUUGUUAGUGAAAAACUUUGAUGAACCAGACUCAGCAGGUGCCAUUCGUAACUGUGAAUCAGCUGUCAUCAAUACAAGAUUGUUUCCUACAGGUUUGUGUAGUGCCAGUGCCUUGAUGCAAUCUGGAAAUCUAGAAGGGAAAGAAUAUACAUCAUUUGCUGAUGGUACAGAAAAGAACCAUAAGAUGGAAGUUCCAUCAAAAAAGACUAUCGAGCCAUCUGGUUCAGAAAGUACUAUUACAUUUAGCUCCACGAAGGGCAGAAAUGCAGCAUCAUCCAAUUGUUUGUAUUAUGAUUAUCACAAAAAACCAUGCUACAAAAACCUACCAAAAUCAUUCCUUUUGAAAGAGCUUAUAAGACUAGGUGCCCCUGAGUCAAUACCUGAUAUUACAUGGAAAGACUUGAGAAGACGAAGAGAUAUGGCACAUGUCCGAGUCUUGUUUAGCCAGCAUUUGGAUGGCGAUAUCAUCAAGCAGCAGAAAAAGAUUCUGUCACGACUGGGCAUAUCCCUCGCUUCAUGUUGCAGGGAUGCCACACAUUUUAUAGCCGACAAAUUUGCACGUACAAGAAAUAUGUUGGAAGCCAUUGCUCUUGGUAAACCAGUGGUGACACAUUUAUGGCUAGAGAGCUGUGGACAAGCAAGCUGUCUUAUUGAUGAGAAGAAUUACUUUCUGAGAGAUACCAAAAAGGAAAAGGAAAUCGGCUUUAGCAUGCCUGUUUCAUUGGCUCGUGCAAGCCAACAUCCACUUCUAAAGGGCCAAAGAGUCUUCAUUACCGCUAGUAUUAAACCUGCUAAAGAAAUUAUUACUAGCUUGGUCAAGGCAGUUCAUGGCCAGCCGGUGGAGAGAAGUCAGAUAUCUGCAGCAAAGGAUGAAAAGGUCCUAGAUGAUCUUUUGAUUCUUUCUUGUGACGAAGAUCAUGCAAUAUGUUGGCCUUUCCUUGAACGAGGACUAGCAGUUUACAGUUCAGAGCUUCUACUGAACGGGAUAGUUAUCCAGAAACUGGAAUACAAAAGACAUAAGCUCUUCAUAGAUCAAGUCCAAAGAAAUCGCUUAGCACAUGACUAGAAGCCACGUGCCUUUUCAUUUUUGCAAAUCACCUUGGUAAGCUCUCCAUGCAUAGUGAAGAGGAAUACUUCAGCACAUGAUCGAUCAAACUUUUCUGUUUAUGUAAACAUAUGUAACUAUUUUUUAUGUACUUGUCUUCAUCAUCAUAGAAUUCCUUGCAGCGAA